AUGAGCUUGAAAGAAGUAUUCGAACAACAUCCAUGGAGGUCAUUUAAGAAGUUCAAUGAAGCAGCAAAAAGUUGGGGAUUUACUAACAGAGCUGAAGUGAAAAGGUUCUUUGACAAAAAUGUUGUACAUCAAACAAAAAUAAACCCUUACGACUACUUUUUACCAAUUUACUCCAACACUCCUGACGCAUACCAAUUUGACACUCUCAUUCAAAGCAGAAAAGGAGGACAUAAACCAUUCCUCAUCUUCAUAAAUGUUAACACUCGCAAAGCUUUUGCGUAUAUAAUGAGAAAUAAAGGAACUCGUGAAGUGUUAAGAGUUUUACAAAAGUUUGUAGCAGAACAUAACCCAAGUACUUUAACAUCAGACCAAGACAGUGCAUACCUCAGCAACGAAAUCACAGAAUUUCUCAUUAAGCAUAACAUAACUCACUACACUACUGAAGACCAUAACCAUAAUAUUUUAGGUAUCAUUAAUCGCUUCAUAAGAACGCUCAGAGAUUUAAAUCAAGAGUGA